ACAUUCAACAGGGCAGCCUUUCUCCCACUUCUUAGCUCAGGGGUGGCAAACGCAUUGUCUCUGAGCUGAGAGUCUCAAAGGGAAGGGGAGACUUACCUGUCAAUGGAGACGGCAGCCAGGGUAAAGCUGCUGGCAUACAUGGUGAGGUAGAUCAGGAAAUGCACAGCCUUGCAGGCAAAGGCCCCAAAAAGCCACCCAUCCAAGGUGUAAAUGGUGGCCUGGAAAGGGACACAGCAGAUGAUGAAGCACAAGUCUGCCACGGCCAGGUUAAGGAUGAAGAGGUUGGUGGUGGUGUACUUGACUUGGCCAUUCUGCAGCAGCACAGCCAGCACCAGCCCAUUACCCACAGUACCCACGAGGAAGAUGAGGGAGAAGAUGAUGGGCACAAUAAUCCCUGCUGCUUGAAGCUCCAGGCUGUCAGAAGAGAUGUUCCAUCCCUCUGGCAUCUCCCCACCUGACCGUGGGGACCUGCAUGGGAAGAAAGGGAGAAAGCCCUAAAGUGCCUGAUUCCAGCCUUUGACACCCAUAUUUCUCCAGAGAUGCCAAUCUCAACCAGCUGGUUAAAUGAUGACACUAAGAUCCUCAUGAUGUUGCUGGCAAGAAUGUUGUUGGGAUCAGUCAGCUCACACCUGGCUUAAGCAAAACUGAAGCCCCUUUCUCCUGCCCAAAUUCACAUUCCCACUAUGGCAUCUCCUGUGCUCCCAACCCCCUGAAGGAUCCCCACUGCCCUACCACCUGGCCUCCUUUAUAUUCCUCCUACAAUCUCAAAGCUGCUAAACCUCUUGGGAUUGCUUGCUUUGGCAAGUCUAAACCCUGGCUAGUAUUUAACCGGGCUUGUCCACGAGGCCAUGGGGAAGGGGGCUUCCAUGGUCUGUGAGUGGUCCUGGCACACUCAGCCCAGGGCUGUGCCACCUCCGUCAGCAGGAACCUGAUGCCUGGAUCACACCCCACAGCAGCAGCAGCCCAACAUACUCUUAUCACAAGGGAACUCCUUAAGCUGGGGCCACCUCCACUCUGGAACUGGCUGCUCCUUGCUCCCGGUGCAGUAGCUAUGCUCUGCAGAGAAGAGGCAAUUAAGGGCACCUUUUCAUGAUACUGAGAGGUGGUAAUGGUGGCAGUUUGGUGAGGAGCUGCCUGAAAUAUGACAUGAUGAACACUGUGAAGGAGUGUGUUAUUACCACAGCUCAAGGUAUUGUGAUCUGCUGCAAAACUUCCUCCAACCCUGAGUAACACUGUGCUCAGGCAGGGAGUGCCAACAGCCUAUCUCCGAAUGAGCCUUCCCCUUGUUUGCUAUCGCUAGAACAAAUUGUCCUUCUCUGAGCAAUAACUGAGAGGGAAAGACACCAUUAUCUAGCUACUGUUGACAUGCAAUUAACUCAGUUUUGGGUCAUGCAAGCUCCUUCACCCCAUGCUCCCCCAUGCCUCAGCUCACGCCACUUCGUUUUCCCAGCUCCUUCGUGUAUCACACCAAAAGACUUUCUCUGCCUCUCUGGCUCUUCUGUCCCCUCUGUCCUACUGAUAACUAUCCAUCUGGCCCCAUGAGAUCUCCUCAAUGGAGCAGAGGGGCCUGGCCUCCCUCUGGGCAUGCAUGGUCACCAGGGUGUCUUUUCUCAGGGAGCCCAAGGCCACCUCUCAGCUUGGGAAGCCAGCACUCACCUUUUCAAGGAAGGGUCUGGAGCUUUGCCACUCGCUUGGGGAGGGGGAGACCUCUGGUCCAGCCCAGGUGAUGGUGACAAGGAGGAUGCAGACUACCAAAGAGUUUGUCCAGGCAGCUUGGUCACUCUGGUCACUCCUGCCUGGUGCUCCGCUGCCUCCCCCUGCCUGCCACCAGCUCUGCUCUCUCUCCUUCUGGAACUCCUCUCCUUUCUCUCUGUCUCCCCCUUUUUCCCUCCCUCUGCUCUUGCUGCUGAACCAUAGAUCUCUGUUGAUUUUUUUUUCCCAUUUCUCUGAGGUUGGGUUUGGAGUUAACUCCUCUCUGCCCAGCUUUUCUACAGGCUCAGCUGCUCCUUGUUCCACUGAGGAAGGGGUGGCAGAGAAAAAGCCCACUAUUCUCUGGUGGGAGAGGGAGAAUGGAGGGGGGAAGGGUCUCAUGGACCCUGGUGGCCACCCCUCAAUGCUGAAUGUUCAGGAUGUCUUAUCCAACACCUCCAGGGAACAAGAAUAUGCCACCACAGCGAGCCUGGUCCCUGCCCUGACCUUGGGAUAGGGCCCUAACCCCUCUGGAGCAUAAGCAAUUAAUUGCUAUUACUAGCUGUUAUUAAUUAUUGUUAAUAGCAUGGCUCUGAGCAGAUUGAGCCUCUCACACAAUGUCUGACCUGGGGAAGGAGGAGAAUGCAGGUUUUGGUUUCCAUCCAGCCCAGACCUGCACGCCACCAGUGCUGCCAGGGCACUGCAGGGUGAGGAGGGAGGACAAGCCAUCAAGGGAGGUUAUCUCCAGAGGUUCAGCUUCAUCACAGUUGCCUGGGACAGCAUGGGUGCUGGCUGAUGUGCCAAGAGAUGACAGUGACCCACACAGCCCUCCUGCCCUGCUGCCAUGUCCACCCUGGUGACAGGACCUAUACCCUGAGGACUUCCAGGUGUGCUAAGACUGAGUGCAGCUAGGCGAUCCUUUCCCAGCAAGACUCAAAGGCCACCAGCUUCCCUUCGCUGGGAAGGUCCUGGGUGCCUCUUCCAGUGAUGGAGCAGGAUGUGGAGAAGGAGGUGCUGGCCCCUUCCCCUCCACAGCAGCUCUGAUAGCCCUCUGGGGUCAGUGGAACCCUGUGGCCUGACAGAAGGGAUAAUACAGCUUCUCCAUCCCACGUGCCCCUGUGGCAGAAGGGAGCAUGGUGUCCCCGCCAGCUCACUAUCAGCUGCUGUAACCAGGGAAAAGGGGAAGGCCAUGUCUUGGGACGUGGUGAUAACCCGGGGGAUGCGGCAGAGCACAAGCCUGCACCCUGCCACAGCACUGCUCACCAUGGAGGGACCACACCGCUGCUGCCUCCUCCUCCUCCUCCUCUACCUGCUCCCACUGGGCAUCCCAAGCCCACCACUGCCUCUGGAGGAACCUCAGGAUCUGCCACUGACACUGUCCAGCACCGCUGACCCCACUGCCCACCUGCUGCGCGGCCGCCCCUCAGCCCCAGUGCGGCCCUACAGCCUCUCGCUGUCCCCUGAGGAUUACCGCUACUCCCCCAAGCCCCGGCACCUGCGCCCUGGGCGGCUGCGCCGGCUCCUAGGCUCGGCCUUCGACCCCUUCUGGAUGGCAACCGAGGAGCCCCGGGGUCGCAACAGCAGCAUCCUCGAAGAGAACCUGGAGUCCAUGAGCAGGGACCUGGCAGAGGGUGCUGGGCGCUACCGCCGCAAGCUGUGGCGAGAGGUGGAGGGGCUGGAGCUGCCCACCCUGCUGCCCCCUGGCCCGGAGUUGCCCCCUGAGCUACCUGGGGCCCUGGCCCGCCACCUGCGGCAGUGGCUGGUGGAACUGGCUGCCUGCCGCCUCACCUCCACCUGGGUUGACCUGGGACCUGUCUUCUGGCCCCGCUGGGUGCGCCACACCGCUUGUGACACCAGACCUCCUGGCUGCUCCUGGCCCCCUGGCAUGAUCUGCCGCCCCACACAGCUCACUCGCAUCAAGCUGCUGGCCUGGCAUUGCUGGGUCCUCCAGCACCCAGGCCCACCAAACUGCACCUGGCGGCAGAUCCCCUACCCUGUUGUGACUGCCUGCAAGUGUUCCUGCCGCUGAGGGGGCUGCAAGGGGCUAUGGAGGGACCCCAUGGUACCUGUUCUUGUAGCCAAAAGGCCUGAAAAGGCAAGAG